UGGAACCCAUAGCCACUAGGAGAAGAAGGAAGUGAAAAGAUGUUAAAUACUGAGCACAGCUCUCCCCAGUCAGCCUAGAGGUCUGGCUUCCCGGUCAACAUGAAGGCUCUCCUUCUUCUGGGGCUUCUCCUGCUUUCCGUCACUGUCCAGGGCAAGAUCUUUGAAAGGUGUGAACUGGCCAGAACUCUGAAAAGACUUGGGCUGGCUGACUUUAAAGGUGUCAGCCUGGCAAACUGGAUGUGUUUGGCCAAAUGGGAAAGUGAUUAUAACACAAAGGCUACAAACUACAAUCCCGGAAGCAGAAGCACCGAUUAUGGGAUAUUUCAGAUCAAUAGCCGCUACUGGUGUAAUGAUGGCAAAACGCCCGGAGCCGUGAACGCCUGUCACAUACCCUGCAGCGAUUUGCUGAAAGAUGACAUCACUCAAGCUGUAACAUGUGCAAAAAGGGUUGUCAGUGAUCCAAAUGGCGUUCGUGCAUGGGUGGCAUGGAGAGCACACUGUGAAAACCAAGAUGUCUCUCAGUAUAUUCGGAAUUGUGGAGUGUAACUGUGGAGUUUUCCUUCUGCAGCUCAUUUUAUCUCUUUUUCAUAUUAAGGGAGUAGUAGUUGAGUGAAAGUUCACAUUACCAUUCUUUCAAACAAUAACACUUUUACACAAGCAGGAACAGAAUAUGGUCUUUCUUCUAAAAGUCUUCAUGUUUACGAAAUGUGUUUGUUAUUUGAUAUCCUGUAACAUUUUUCAGUUUGCUAAUAGAAAUAAGGCUGGUGAAAACUUAUCUAAAGUCUUGCCUAUCAAAUACAUCUCCAAUAUAGUCAGUUCUUAAGAAAUACCCCCAACUUAAUCUUUAGUACUCCCCAAUAGUUUAUAAAGAUGUAACAAAAGAUCUUAAAAACAAACUGAUCUUAGGCAAAAUCCUAGCUGAAUAGGCAUCUGUUCAGUCAUCUCCAAAAACAGUAAAAAAGAAGACCCCAAAAAACAACAAAAAC